GAAGAGGGAGGGAUAAGAAAAGAGAGGAGAGAGGAAGGAGACACAAAGCAGAGAGAAAGAGGAGAGAGAAGGACUGAAAUUGUUUUGUUUUUUUAAAAGAGUGAAGAGUGCAGGUAAGACAGGACACAAUCUGAAGAGGAGAGGAUGCUACUACAGCUGAGCGUCUCUGCCUGACUUCUGAGGAGUUUGGGCUCGGACAUGACGGAGAUGCAGCAUCCAAGUGUCUGAGCCUGAGUAUCUUCCAGUUUGUGUGUGUGUGUGUGUGUGUGUUGAUGUGUGUGAAGCCAUGGCGAGUGCUCAGCCAGGGGUCCAUGCAUUGAAACUCCAACCUCCCUCCGUCUCUCAAACACUGAGGAACGGAAGCAACUUCAUUAAAUGGGAUGAGGAUCUGUCUACGGUGACUCCAGUGAUUCUACACGUGGACCCACAUGGAUUUUACCUCUACUGGACCGACCAAAAUAAGGAGACAGAGUUGUUGGACCUGACCCUCGUAAAAGAUGUCCGAACAGGGAGAAGCACCAAAACUCCCAAGGAGGCCAAGCUGCGCGAGCUGAUGGAAGUGGGAAACCUGGUCGGCCGGCUUGAGAAUCGCAUGGUUACCGUGGUUACGGCUUCAGACCUUGUGAACGUCAACCAGCUCAACUUCAUAGCCUCACAGGAGGAGGAAGCUAAGGUGUGGUGUGUGGAACUGUUUUCUCUGUCUUCCAACCUGUUGAGCCACAAUCUCAACAGAGACCAGAGUCUGUUGAAAGCGUAUGUCAAAUUAACUCUCCAGCCGAACGCAGAGGGGAGAAUUCCUGUCAAGAACUUUGUUCGACUGUUUUCAUCAGACAGAAAGAGAGUAGAGACUGCCCUGGAGAACUGCAGACUGCCCUACGGACGGGGUGACAGUAUCAAACUGGAGGACUUCACACUUGAAGUGUACAGGAGCUUUUUGGACUUUCUGUGUCCCCGUCCUGAGCUCAGCAACAUCUUUAAACUGCAAGGAUGGGAUGACAACAUGCUGUCACUCGAUCAGAUGACCGAGUUCAUUAACAACAAGCAGAGGGACCCGAGGCUGAAUGAAAUCCUCUACCCGCCUCUCCGUCCUGCACAGACACACUCUCUGAUGGAGCGGUACCAACAUGACCAGACACAGCUGAAGCAAGGCGUUAUCUCUCUCCAGGCGUUCUCCAGUUAUAUCUCCAGUGACGAGAACGGAAUCAUCCCACCAGAAAAACUGGAUCAGUCUGAAGACAUGAGCUUCCCCCUGUCUCACUACAUCAUCAACUCAUCCCAUAAUACAUACCUGACAGCGGGCCAGCUGGCGGGGAGCUCCUCGGUGGAGAUGUACCGGCAGGUUCUUCUGGCUGGAUGCCGCUGUGUGGAGUUAGAUGUGUGGAAAGGACGAACUGCUGAGGAGGAACCUGUCAUCACACACGGGUUCACCAUGACAUCGGAAAUCCCUUUUAAGGAAGUGAUUGAAGCUAUUGCAGAGUGCGCCUUCAAGACCUCACCUUUCCCCGUCAUACUCUCCUUUGAAAACCACGUUGACUCUUUGAAGCAGCAGGCGAAAAUGGCUGAAUAUUGUCAAUCUAUUUUUGGAGAAGCGCUGUUGAUUGACCCUCUGGAAAAAUACCCUCUGGAGGCGGGUGUCCCCCUGCCCAGUCCUCAGGAGCUGAUGGGAAAAAUUCUCAUCAAGAACAAGAAAUCCCACAAACCCUCCAAUAACACAGACACCAAAAGACUGGCGGACCAACCUGCCAAUCAGAGCAACGACCCAGUGUCUCCUAGCAACAACACAGGAGAGAUGGAGGCUGAGAGUGAGGAAGAUGAUGAUGAUGAAGAUGAUGAUGGUAAAAAGGGCUCAGCAGAGCGAGAGGCAGUGGCUACAGAGGAAAUGUCAACUCUGGUUAACUAUGUCCAGCCAACCAAGUUCAACUCCUUCGAAGCCUCCAAGAAGGCAGCCCGCUGUUACCACAUGUCGUCUUUUGUGGAGACCAAAGCUUUGGAGCAUCUCACAAAGUCACCAGUGGAGUUUGUGGAAUAUAAUAAAUCCCAGUUGAGUCGUAUCUAUCCGAAAGGAACAAGAGUCGACUCAUCCAACUUCAUGCCUCAACUCUUUUGGAACGCUGGCUGUCAACUGGUGGCUCUCAACUACCAAACUAUAGAUUUGUCCAUGCAGCUGAAUCUCUUCAUGUUCGAGUACAACGGCCGGAGUGGCUACAGACUGAAGCCUGAGUUCAUGAGACGGCCGGACAAACACUUUGACCCCUUCACAGAAAACACGGUGGAUGGCAUCGUAGCCAACACCCUCUCUGUGAAGGUGAUUUCAGGCCAGUUCCUGACUGAGCGGAGGGUGGGUGUGUAUGUGGAGGUGGACAUGUUUGGACUUCCUGCAGACACCAGGAGGAAAGCGCUGAAGACCAAAACCUCCCAGAACAACAACGCCAUCAACCCAGUGUGGGACGAAGAGCCGAUUGUCUUCAAAAAGGUGAUUCUUCCAACUCUGGCCUCUCUGAGAAUCGCUGCUUUUGAGGAAGGAGGGAAGUUUAUUGGUCAUCGGAUUAUUCCAGUGUCUGCCAUAAGACCAGGUUAUCGUUACAUCAGCUUGAGGAAUGAGAAAAACCAGUCUCUGAUUCUACCAGCUGUGUUCGUCUACAUCGAGGUCAAAGAUUACGUCCCAGACACCUUUGCCGAUGUGAUAGAGGCUUUGUCCAACCCUAUUCGAUACGUCAACCUCCUGGAGCAGCGGUCCAAACAGCUGGCGGCUCUGACUCUGGAGGACGUGGAGGAGGACACGCAGACUGAGGAUGAGGCGGACAGCUGUGCAGAACGUAAGAACGAUGUGAAAUCAGCUCCUCUGGAGAACGGGCUCAGCCCCGCCCCUGGCCCUGCGGGCCACGCCCCCAUGACGCCCAAAGCCUCCGCAGCCAAUCAGCAAGCAGCUGCCACAGAAGCAGCCAAACCAGCAGCAAAGAGUGAAGAUCUGGUUUUAAGUGUUUUGAUAGAUGUUCAAGUGUGCACCAUAGAGAGUCUUCAGCAGUCAAAGGUUUACCAGAAGGAGCAGAGGCGUCAGUUUAAAGAGCUGAAGGAGUUAGUGAGGAGGCACCAGAAGAAAACCUCCGAGCUCCUCCGAGAGUUCAACAACAAGCAAAAGAAGGUGGCCAGACAGUGCAGCAAGAGCAGGGCUUCGUGUUCGGACGGUGAGAAAGACGAGCGCCUCCAGCAGCUGAGAGAUGAGCAAGAGCAGCAGCUUCUGGCUCUGAGGCAGGAACAGUACUACAGUCAGAAAUAUCUACAGAGAGAACAUAUUAAAACGCUGACAGAGCGACUGAGCAGUCUGGCUGAGGAGAGUCACAACAGCCAGAUGAAGAAACUCAAAGACAUCUGUGACAAGGAGAAAAAAGAGUUGAAGAGACAGAUGGAUCGAAGGAGAACAGAGAAGAUCAACCAAGCAAAGACCAAAGAGAAACAUCUGGCUGAAGAGGAGAAGAAUGAGAUCAAUAAGUCCUACGUCAAUGAAGUCGUCCAGAAUAUAAAACGGCUUGAGGAGACUCAGACAAAGCGCCACGAUCAGCUGGUGGAACAGCACACUGAGCUCCUGCAGGAGAUACAAGACCAGAAACCAAAGCUGCAAGGGGCCGUGGAAGCAGAGUUUCAGGAUAAGUUCCAGUGUUUGCCCGGAGAGAUUCAAGCAUUCCUGCAGGACAGGAAGACGGAGGUUAGAGGACACAGCAAGUCCCGACCAUCGACCCCACACGAAACGCUGUCAGAGGAGGACUGAGGAAGAAGCACAUGUGACCAGGAGUGAUGAAGAAGAAGAGUCGAUGAAUCAGUGGAAGUAGAGGAAGUAAGAGGGAAACGUUGAUGAAAGGAUAGUGAGUCUUAUGAAGACUGUUACUUUUCUUUUUGAUGGAAGAAUGCUUUAUUGGUUUAUUUUUAAAUUCCAUUCAAGCAUGCACUUUGUUGUCUAUCUAUCUAUCUAUCUAUCUAUCUGACGGUUUGUGCAGUGAACAUACUAUUUUAUAUGCACAUGGAGAGAUGUUUUACAAUAUAACACAAUCACUUCAGCAGUGUUUUUAGUCAAUUCCAAGCAGCUAUGGCCGUGACAACUUUUACAAUGGUCAGAAUCAAAAACUGCAAUAAUAAUGCACUCAUAAACAGCAGCUGGAGGUUAUUUUACUUUGCUCAAGAGCACUUUGGUGAUAGUAAGAUGAGAUGCACAUGCUCCUCUUUCACUUUUCCCCAUGCAGAUCUUGAAAAUCGAGAAAAUGAAGUGCAAUUAGAAAUGAUGUGUUAUUAUUAUAACAACCCAGAAUGAUGUGCACAGCAGCAUAAGAUAACACACACAUACCCUCGUGUGAUGUGAAUACUGUAUACUUUUCAGGAUAUGGGAAAAUAGACACACGGCGAUUUUAAUGUUAUUUUAUGUUACAUCAAUCUCACUGCAUCUAAUGUCAUGUAAUAUUUCAAGUGCAUUUUAUGUGGCCGUUUUUUGGGGGUGAUGAUUGUUCAUCCACAUUAAAAGUAAGACCUUAACAGGGAUGAAGCCCAUAUUCAGAAUAUUAAAGGGAUAGUUUGGAUAUUUUGAAGUAAGGGUACUUAUCCUUAGGCAAGGCAAGGCAAUUUUAUUUAUCUGGCACCAUUCAGACAUGAAGCAAUUCAAAGUGCUUUACAGAGGUGAAAAAUACAUAAAGAAUAUAACAUUAAAGCAACAUUAAAAUUACAAGUAAAAGACAAAUAAUGCACACAAAAAACAACCAAAUAAAUAGUUUGAGAUAAUAAUACCAAUUUAAAAGAAAUUAUAUUCCAAAGACAAUAAAAACAAAGCAAGCAAAUAAAUAAUUAGAUUAUUUUACAGCUGAUUACAGAUAAUUGUCAGUGUAUUACCUACAGCGGCAGCUAAACGUUAGUUAGCAGUUUGUUUUAACCCUUUUAAAAUAUCAAAGUCACACAAUAACACAAACAGACUAACCGAAUGAGGCAGCGGUAACUGUUUUUGUCAAAGGAGUCCAGUGGAAGAAGAGAGAGACAACGGCUUCAAUAUAGCAGAACACUUAAACUGAUAUAGAUUAUUUUUAGGUGUCUAAAAUAUGUUUAGCUGCUGCCUCCGUCCACAGCAGGACAUAGCUUAGCUUCCGUGUCGGUACUCCUGCCUG